AUGGCCUCCGACAUGAGCCUCGAAAGAGAUAUGUCCUGGGAGUCGGACAGCCCCGACGAGGAGUUCAACGGCAACGCCUCGGACCUUGGAUGGUUCAUCAAGGACUGUGUCUUGGCCCACAAGAAGUUCCUCGAGGACCAGUCCUUCAUCUGGAACGGCACCUUGAGCUUUGAUACUCCCCGCCCCGAGACCAACAUGGACUCCGACACGGGCGCCCGCGAGGCCCAGCACGGCCACAUGGAGCUGGAGUAUCCCGGCCCCAUGCCCGACGGCCGCGGCGUGUCCAUCGCCGGCUACACCCGGACCUACCUGAACGGCAACGAGUACGGCGUCAUCAACACGGCCUUCAACUCCCUCGACCAGGAGCACGCCUUCACAGUCUACUUCGUCAUCGGCCCGCGCGACCCCGAAGACACGGCCACCCGCGUCAUCGACGUCGACGGCGUCCGCCUCUACCUCCAGCGCACCGGCUUCUUCGACGCGCAGCGCCGCGACCAGGAGCUCGGCCACAUGCGCCGCCGCCACGCGCGCUUCUUCCAGAACCAGCGCCCCAUCUUCCUCGUCAACGACCCCAAGGCCGCCGGCCACGACCGCGUCCUGACGGUCAAGUUCGUCGUCGGCGCCGCCCACCGCCACAUCACCGUCGCCGACCUCCGCAUGUGGUUCUGCGUCACCGGCUUCUUCGACCAGCGCACCCGCGACCGCGAGAUCGCUGCCGAGCUGGAGUGCGUGGGAGCGCAGCGCGCGCAGCGCGGCGACGCCCACUUGCAGGAGUACCUCGCGGGCCUUGACCCCGGUAACGCGUUCCGUUGA